AUGGGUAACGACGGCGGUAGCAUCCCUAAGCGGCGUGAACUUGUCAAAGAAGCCGCCAAAGCUCUCACAUCCGCGCAAAUCAAAGAGGCGCAAUCCGAAAAGCAGGAAUACGCAUGGUCGGUGGAUCCCCUCACCCGGAAACCGCUGGCACGACCAGUUGUCAGCGAUGCGGCGGGUGUGCUAUACAAUAAAGACAGCAUCAUCGAGUUCCUCCUCAAAGACGACGACGAUGCUCAGAAGGCGGAGAUGCGCAAAGUGGGCGGAGUGAAGGGUACGGUUGAGGGUGGAUUUGCCGAGCUAGGGACAUUUGGCGAUAGAGUCAAGGGCCUGAAGGAUGUCGUAGAGAUCAAGUUUGAGAUUGCUCAAGAGGAGGGCGAGAAGGGGAGGGGAGAGAAGUGGGUGUGUCCGAUUACAGGGACGGCGCUGGGACCGAAUGCAAAGGCGGUGUAUCUCGUGCCGUGUGGGCAUGCAUUUGCGGGAAGUGUGGUCAAGGAGGUCAAAGGGAAUGGUUGCUUGACGUGUAACGAGCCCUACGCCGAAAACGACGUUAUACCCAUCGCCCCAACCGCACCAACCGACAUCGCCCGUCUAAACCUCCGCGUCAAAACACUGAAGGAAAAGGGCCUCACGCACGCGCUGAAGAAAGCGCCCGGAAGCAAGAAGAGGAAGAAGAACGCCGAGAAAGACACAAACGGCGAAACCGGCGAGAACGGCACCACAUCCAAACAGCCGUCCUCCGACGAGGACAAACAGAAAGCCAAAAACGACAAGCCCGUACCAGCAGCUAGCAAUGGUAUCAAGAACUCCACGACAGCGUCACUGACGCGGAAAGUCUUGGCGGAGCAGGAAGAGAGGAACAAGAGGAGAAAGCUCGCGCAAAACGAUAAUGUCAAUAGCUUGUUCAACAAGACUGAUAAUAAGCCGAAGAUGGGGAAUAGCGCUGAUUAUAUGACGAGGGGGUUCAGCAUUGGGAAGAAGUGA